GGCACAAUUGCAACUUUUGAAAUUCUCUCCCACGGCGGAGAAACAUCUUGGCUUUGCCGCUGCCGGUGAUCAAUAUUUAAUAUUUAGCAGGGACGCAAGAAUGCAUCUUCUUCGCUGGGGCCUUUAGGGUUUCUGUGAAAGUCAAUCCCAAAUGCACCACUGGUCUUCUGGAAAAAAAGGGAUUGUUGAUGAAGGAAGUCACUUCUAGAACUUAUGGCUAGCAAGUACUUAGAUAAGACCCAACUUAGCGAACAGUGUCCUUUUGGCUCUUCAAAGAGCCCUAGGCAAGCUUCAUCUUCUGAGAGUACUCCAGUUCUGAAUAAAAUGGCUGUUCUCAAUCACGGGCGUGACAAUACUGAUGUUUCAAACAGAAGUUCAGCAAAUAAGAAAAAGGUAUCAAGAGUAAUUGGAGGGCUGCGCCAAUUCAGUGUCCUAGUAUGUAAGACAUUGGAGACAAAAGGAACGACUACAUAUAGUGAGGUUGCAGAUGAAAUUGUUGCAGAGUUUGCUGCUAUACAGAGUAAUGCAGCAGCGUCUUCGGAAGAGUUCAAUGAGAAGAACAUACGGCGUCGAGUGUAUGAUGCAUUAAAUGUUCUUAUGGCAUUGGACAUCAUCACAAGAGACAAAAAGGAAAUUUGUUGGAAAGGUCUUCCUACUAUAUGCACAAAGGAUUUAGAAGAGAUGAAGAAACAACGUGCUAAACUUAUUACCAGUAUUGUGAAAAAAACUGCUUACUUAAAAGAUUUGGAAGAACAGAUUGCAGGUAUUCAAAACCUUAUCUUGAGAAAUCACCAGCUGCUCAAGAGUAACAAAGCCCCUGCAGAAGGAUUUACCUUGCCUUUUAUACUGGUUCAAACAAGCCCUCACGCCUCAGUUGAGAUUGAGAUUUCAGAGGACAUGCAAUUAGUUCACUUUGACUUUAACAGUACACCGUUCGCAUUGCAUGAUGAUUCUUAUAUUUUGAAGUUAAUGCAAAAUUAUCAACAUCCCCAAAGGUCUUCAUCUCGUUCAUCUUCCAGUUCUUGCAUCGCAUCAGGAGGCACAAACUAUGAAAAAGAUAUUCGUUGAUGAGAACAUAAUAGUAGACAAUGGUCUUAAAGUGGGGAAAAAGAAAAAGGGUAUAGGGGUAUGGGGAAUGCUAAAUUUUGAUUUCCUUGCACAGGUUACUGGUGAUUUUGACUAUAUGAUAUAUACCUUGUCAAAUUAUCUGCUUUCAAAUUUUUUGUCGACAGGCUGUAAUGACAAAAUCAGC